AUGUCGGCGACGGAGACUUUGUCGUCCAUUGUCCAUCUUGUAGACUCAUACGAGAUCCUUUCCCCUCGCAUUGCCGCCCUCCGUCUUCAACUGUCGCAUCAUAAGAAGAUCAUCAACUGCAGCUCACCGUUCAACGCCGCUGAUGAGUACAAAUUAAAUGCGUUCUACUAUCGGUUGGAGGAAGCCAUCCGCAAUGACAAAGCAUAUCAUAAUUUUGUUGUCGGAGACUUCAACGCCAGAAUAGGAAAGGUCAACGAGAGCAGAUACACGAUCGGAAAUUUUGGAUUAGGAAGAAGAGAUAAGGAUGGGAACCGUCUCGAAGAACUUUUGUCUGCAGCACGUCUCUUCCAUGGAAACUAG